GUUCAUUGAUAUCGGCCCGCACGCCCCCCUCCCUCCUCUGAUAAGGACAGAGUAUAGGUAAAGGUUGGCACGGUCACUCAGGGUAAGAGGGGAGAGAGGAUCAGAGGGUGUCUGUAGAGCGGACAGUCCCUCGGCCCCGGUAGAACAAUGCUACAAUGAGCAGCUUCUUAGACUAUUCAAUGAUGAGUGGUGAAGGUGGCUCGUGCUCUGUCAGGGCUUUCCACUCGGACCACGGGAUUACAACUUUCCAGUCCUGCGCGGUAACUGUCAACAACUGCAGGACGGACGACCGCUUCAUGGGGAGCGGGGCUUCCCCUGAUGCCAUUGCUCACCAGCCGGGGUCAUACCAGUCUGCGAGCUCUCUGGGUCUCGCCUAUGGAGCCCAUCCGGCCUGCAGCUCCAGCUAUGGACCUCAAAGUUUCUGUGCUACGUAUAACCAUUACGCGCUCAACCCGGAAGUAGACGCCACUGUGGGAUUCCCCCAGUGCAGCCAACUGAUGUACUCUGGUAACAUUUCCUCGUCCAUGGUCUCUCAGCAUCGCCAAGGUUACAGUGCCGCCCCCCUGGGUCAGCUGCAGUAUGCCCACCCUGCCUAUGGCGGCGGGCACGAGCAAGCAGCCCCUUUUCCUGGGUGUUCAAACCCGAUGUCACCACUGCACGCAGCUCACCUGGAGAGUUGCUGUUCACCCCUGUCUGAGGGUGCAUCUUCUGCACAGACCUUCGACUGGAUGAAAGUCAAGAGGAACCCACCAAAAACAGGCAGGUCUGGGGAGUACGGUUAUGGGGGUCUGCCGAACACGGUCCGGACCAACUUCACCACCAAGCAGCUGACGGAGCUGGAAAAGGAGUUUCACUUCAACAAGUACCUGACCCGUGCGCGGCGCGUUGAGAUCGCAGCCGCGCUGCAGCUGAAUGAGACUCAGGUGAAAAUCUGGUUCCAGAACCGGAGGAUGAAGCAGAAGAAGAGGGAGAAAGAGGGGCUGCUGCCGGCAAAAGCUUCAUCCUCAGACCCGGGGCAGAGCAUUCAAGAAAAAACGGACGAUGCAGCAUCAGAGAAGUCUAUCUCAGCCCCCUCUACUCCGUCUCCCAUAUCAUCCACGGUGUCUGACCCUUACUCCUCAAACUAAGAACCUUCUGCCUCCUUACCUCUCUGGGUCACAGCCGGCCUGUACAUAUCAAAGCUCAUAUCCAGUGUAUCAAAGCCGAAGUCCCGGUUAAUGGAUGACAUGUGUAGACAUUUAGGAUGAAUUAAUACACUAUUUGGGACUUUGUACAACAAUAUGGACCAUUUCUGAAUUAUAGAUUUGUUUUAUAUUGUGUAUUGUCUUCGGAAGAACGAUAUCAUUGCUGUUCAAUCAACUGUAGUCCACUUUUAUUUUGAAAUGUUACGUUAAAUACGC